UUCAGAGCUAAACUCCAGAAUGCACUUCCCAGCAUUCCAGAAUGAAAGGGCUGUGACUGGGCACCAAGGGCAGCUCUGGCUGCAUGGCUGUCCUUCCCAGGUUUCCCCAGCCAUUACAGCUGUGCCCCAAGAGAAAAAUAACUGCAUGAAUAAGGCCCCCCAGAGCCCAUGCUGAAUGGAUGCUGGCAUGGAGGGGAGUUAAAUCACCCUCUUCUCUAGAGAUGAAGCCUUCAACCCACUUAGUUUAUUCCUUGGCCAAAAGCGUCAGAGACAGGCUGAGAUGGGCCUGUUCCAUCCAUAAAGCAGCUUGGUAAGGGAAGAAAAGGCCGGAGUCAGGUAGGAAACAGAGGGGGUGUCUGAUGUCCUGCCCAGCCUGCUGCCCACCUUCCCAAGGAGCCCCGGAGGGCAGGAGCCGGCCAGAUAAAACAGCCCCUGGAACAGCUUCUGGGCCUGCACUGCCCCCCACACCCCUCCUCCGGGACUUAGGGAGGAGCUGAGAAGUCCCUACAGGGCCAAGGGGAGGGGACCAAGCUGAGUUGGGAGGCUGAGGUCAGACCCCCACCCUGAAGCUUCAGCAGAUGGAGAAGGCAGCAUUCCUUCCUGCUCCCACCCUCAGAUCAAACCCCUGCUCCCGAGAUGUCCUUCUGAGGAGUCACCUCUCUCAGCCCUCCAGCUGGCUGAAGAGGUAACCACCGGCUUCUGUCCCUGCAGAGCGCAGUCUCCACGCCCUGAUGCCUGAGUAGGGAUCCUGGCCUGUCCCCCCCUCCCUUGCCCAGGGGCAGUGCUGGGUGGAGAGAUGGAGAAGUGGGUGGGCAGGCCUCGCCUGUGUCUUAUGCUGCUUCUGUCCCUCCCUCAGCUCUGCCUGGACCAGGAGGUGUUGUCUCCUCAGACACCCCCAGAGGAGGGCCGGGGCCCUGAGGGUGUCUGGGGAUCUUGGGACCAGUGGGCCUCUUGCUCCCAGCCCUGUGGGGUGGGGGUGCAGCGCAGAAGCCGGACAUGUCAGCUCCGCCCAGGCCUGCCCUUCCCUCCCAGACCCCCAAGACACCCAGAAGCCCUUCGACCCCGGGGUCAAGGCCCUAGACCCCAGACUUCCCGAGAAACCCACUCCCUGUACAGGCCACCGCCUCAGGGAAGGGGUGGCCCCCUUCGAGGUCCUGCUUCCCAGCUAGGGAAAGAAGAGACCCAGGAAGCUCAGGGGCCACAGAGGUCCCGGGUUCGAGACCCCAUCAAGCCAGGAAUGUUCGGCUAUGGAAGAGUGCCCUUUGCCUUGCCACUGCACAGGAGCCGCAGGCACCCCCCGAGGUCCUCCAGAUCUGAACUUCCCCAGACCUCUUCUGGAAGGGAAGGACACUUUCCAUCCCUGAGUCCCAGGGCAGAGCCAUCCUCUGCAAACUCUGGCUCCCAGACUCAGCUCCCUCCUUCAGAACCAUCUGCCCCUAUCCCAUCCCUCCCAGAAGAACCCCCAAAGUCUGAAGCUGCUCAGAACGAGGUGCCCCCAAGAACCAGUCCUGUCCCCACACAGCCUCACCCCAUAGCCCAAACCUCUAGCACAGGGUCUCCCUCACCUUCCCCUUCCUUGGGAGAAAGUGGCUCUUUCCACAUGUCUUCUCAACCAAGAAUGCCACAUUCUCAGGGAUGGGCCAGUCCCUGGGGAGCAGGAAGCCGCCUUGACCCUUUCCCUUCUGUCCCUCGGGGACAAGGUCAGCAGAGACAAAGGCAUUGGAGACCUGGGGGAAACCCUUAUGGGUCCCGCAGGGAGCCUGCCCCUCACCCACCAGAUGGCUGGUUGCCUCUGCUGAAUGCUGGACCCCACUCCAGCUCCCUCUGGAGCCUCUUUGCUCCUAGCAGCCCUGUCCCAAGAUGCUCUGGGGAGACUGAGCAGCUGAGAGCCUGCAGCCAAGGGCCCUGCCCACCUGAGCAGCCAGAUCCCCGGGCCCUACAGUGCGCAGCCUUUGACUCCCAGGAAUUCAUGGGUCAGCUGUACCAGUGGGAGCCCUUCACUGAAGUUCAGGGAUCCCAACGCUGUGAGCUGAACUGCCGGCCCCGCGGCUUCCGUUUCUACGUCCGUCACACUGAAAAGGUCCAGGAUGGGACCCUGUGUCAGCCUGGAGCCCCCGACAUCUGUGUGGCCGGACGCUGUCUGAGCCCUGGCUGUGAUGGCAUCCUCGGGUCUGGCAAGCAUCCAGAUGGCUGUGGAGUCUGUGGGGGUGACGGUUCUACCUGUCGCCUCAUUUCGGGGAACCUCACGGACCGAGGGGGCCCUCUGGGCUAUCAGAAGAUCCUCUGGAUUCCCGCGGGCGCCUCCCAGCUUCAGAUUGCCCAGCACCGGCCCAGCUCCAACUACCUUGCUCUUCGUGGCCCUGGGGGCAGGUCCAUCAUCAAUGGGAACUGGGCUGUGGAUCCCCCUGGGUCCUACACAGCCGGUGGAACUGUCUUCCAGUAUAACCGUCCUCCUCGGGAGGAGGGAAAGGCAGAGAGUCUGUCAGCUGACGGCCCCACAACCCAGCCUGUGGAUGUCUAUAUGAUCUUUCAGGAGGAUAACCCUGGAGUCUUUUAUCAGUAUGUCCUCGCUUCACCACCUCCAGUCCCCCAGAGCGCCACUGCGGAGUCUCCCAUCCAUCGGGUUCAGCCUGAGAGGCUGAGGGGGGAGCCCCCAGCUGCUUCAGCACCCCGCCCAGUCCGGACCCCAGGCACCCUCCAGCGCCAGGUACGGAUCCCCCAGAUGCCUGCCCCUGCCCAUCUCAGGACACCCCUGGGGUCUCCAGCUGGAUACUGGAAACAAGUGGGACACUCCAAGUGCUCAGCGUCCUGUGGAGAAGGUGACUUCAGACCUAUGUUCCUGACAUUUCAGUCCAGAUGCCCAACUCGACGCUCCCAACUGCAUAUCCUAGAUCGUGUUUGGCGCCCCAUUUUCCUGUGCAUUUCUCGAGAGUCAGGAGAGGAGCUGGAUGAACACAACUGUGCCAUGGGUGCCAGGCCUCCAGCCAACCCUGAACCCUGCCACAACCCGCCGUGUCCUCCAUAUUGGGAGACUGGUGAGUGGACAUCCUGUAGUCGCUCCUGUGGCCCAGGCACCCAGCACCGCCAGCUGCACUGCCGGCAAGAGUUUGGGGCAGGUGGCUCCUCUGUGCCUCCGGAACGAUGUGCACAUCUUCCCAGGCCCAACGUGACCCAGCCCUGUCAGUUGCGCCUCUGUGGCCAUUGGGAGGUGGGCUCUGCCUGGAGCCAGUGUUCUGUCCGGUGUGGCCGAGGUCAGAGGAGCAGGCAAGUUCGCUGUGUUGGAAACAACGGCAAGGAAGUGCAUGAGCAGGAGUGUGCUUCGGGCCCCCCCCAGCCCCCCAGCAGAGAGGCCUGUGACAUGGGGCCCUGUACCACAGCCUGGUUCCACAGUGAAUGGAGUUCCAAGUGCUCAGCUGAGUGUGGGACAGGGAUCCAGAGACGUUCUGUGGUCUGUCUCAGGAGUGGGGAGAUGCUUAGGGCAGGGCCAGAGGAAGCAGGAACAGGAACCAGUGAGCAGAGCUGCCCACCAGGAAGCCGCCCUCCUGACAUGCGUGCCUGCAGCUUGGGGCCCUGUGAGAUCACCAGGUGUUGGUACACAGGGCCCUGGGGGGAGUGCUCCUCAGAAUGUGGCUCUGGCACACAGCGUAGAGAUGUCAUCUGUGUGUCCAAACUGGGGACUGAGUUCAAUGUGACUUCUCCUAGCAACUGUUCCCACCUCCCCAGGCCCCCUGCUCUGCAGCCCUGUCAGGGUCAGCUUUGCCAAGACCAAUGGUUUGCUACUCCCUGGAGUCCGUGUUCUCGCUCCUGCCAGGGGGGCACACAGACAAGAGAGAUCCAAUGCCUGAGUGCCAACCAGACCCUCAGCACUCGAUGCCCUCCACACCUGCGACCCUCCAGGAAACGACCCUGUAACAGCCAACCCUGCAACCAGCGCCCUGAUGAUCAGUGCAAGGACAGCUCUCCACAUUGCCCCCUGGUGGUACAGGCUCGGCUCUGCGUCUACCCCUACUACACAGCCACCUGUUGCCGCUCUUGUGCCCAUGUCCUGGAGCGGAGCCCCCUGGAGCCUGCCUGAAAUGGUUCCAGGACACUCUCUCCUUAUGUUUCUGAUGCCAUCACUGGUCUCAUCAGUCAACCCACUUUGUACUCCCUGGUUCUCUAGACUGCCUCAGUCUCACCAGGGUGUCCUCCAGGAUGACUACAGGGGCAAAGUGACUGAAGGGGACUAUCGAGAGGUGUGACUGGGUCUGUAUAUGUGGUAUGAUGGUGUGUGUGCACAGAUGUCCCCAGAUGUGUAUCUGGGCCUGCAGGGGUGUGCACCCCCUUACCUGUGUGUCACUUCCCAAAAAGAAAUUAUUUAAAUUGAUAAGGAGUGGGGAGGGGACAAUACUUGUUUCCCUGAGACUUUUCUAAGCUGAGAGAAAAGCAAGUUUGCAGUUCCUUACUAAUCUGAGCUACUUAAAAAGUGUGGCUUCUCCAUCAAACACAAUUUUGUGCCCUAAACCUCAUCUCUUAUGUUCAGGCCUCACAUCUUCUCAACCAUCCUUCUGGACUGGGGGUGGAGCUCAGUUGUAGGGCACUGGCCUAGCAUGCCCAAGACAAGUACUAGGUUCCAUCCCCAGUACUCCAGAAAUUAAAAAUGAACCACCCUUUUGUCUUUGAUCCCAUUUCCCCUUACCCAGACUCUAUUUCUUUCUCCCUACUUAGCUAAGGGUGGGAGGUCAGCCAUAUCAAUCCUGCUUUACCCACAAAGGAUUGCCUCUUGGAACAGGGACCAGUUGGGCAGAGGGUGGAAGAAAGAAAUGUUACCAUAAGACACUCUAGCCUCUGUCCCCACUUCCCACCUCCUAAAAUAGUUCCUUCCCCAGAACUAAUUUAUUUUUUAUUAAAGUUGAUUAUGACAAGUAAGAAA